GAAGCGGGAAGUAAUACAUAAAUACAUAUUUUAAAUAAACGCACUUGUAUCUGGACGGUCUGCAUUAUUCUUAAUUAAUAACAAAUAUAUAUACAUUAUUAAAAACGUAUGCCAUAUAAAUAUACUUCAAUUAUAUAUUUACAUAUUAUUCUAUCAACUACAAUAAAUGUACUCUUUAAAUACUUUGCUGGAAGACUAAAUUAGAUCAAUAAUAUUUGAAGUUUUCUUACAUAAUUAAUACUUACAAGGGGAUCAAAAUGUAUUUUAACGACAGAAUUGUAAUUGUUAAAAAUCAACAUUUAUGUUAGUAGUGAAUUGCAAAUCUGUUUCCACAUUUUAAAAUGACUCAUAUUUAACAUAAAACAUUAUUUCUCGGAAUUAAAUCCAGAAAUGUUCUAAAAUAAUUUGAUAUACACAAAAAUUUGGUGAAGAAUAACAUUUUGUAGCUAUUAAACUACAAUGUGCACUUCUUUAUGUAAUGUUUAUAUAUUAGUGUAUACUGCCUGGUUCUUAAGCAGAUUGAGAAUUACUCAAAAAGUAAUUUUAUCCCAUUUUGAGGAGAAAAAGUUAGAUUUAAAAAUGAUUUGUUAUCUAACAAAGUAAAACCUGAGUUCAUGUUGGUUCAACUUGUUUGUUAAUUUCAAAUAAAGUGUUUUCCACGUGUCCUCUCUUCCUUCUUAUCUCAUGUGUGAUUUGGAGGCCGGUCCAAGGUGCGCUGACCUCAAUUAUUUAUUUUAUUUAUUUAUUUUCUCUGCAGUUUGUACAAGGCUGCAGAGACAAGAUGGCCGCCAGCCCUCAGGUCACACACACAUGAAGAAACACUGCCGGACACACACACAUUUCCCUCUGUGUGCAGACGACGACUGGGUUUCUAAAUGCCCCUCCGGCUGCAGGCUGCAGGGUUUGAUCUCACAGAUGGAGAGCAAGGUGGAGAGGAAACUAACAAAACUGUGUAAAAUAGCAAAGAUUCACGAAGACGCGACGGAGAAGUCCAUGGCGGCCAUGACACGCGCCUACAACCACAACCGGAGAUUCCUCGUCAGCAGAUACGUUUCAGAGCUGAAGUUCGUGGAACAAAGCGAAGUGUUGGCGUUGAACCUAACGUCGCUCCGAAAACGUUCGUCCAAGUUGUCGCUGAAACUCAAGGAGGUGAACCGAGACGUCCAGAAACAAUUAGUGGACUUAUAUCGAACAGAGGUGGAGGUCGACGUGCAGCUGCGAGCCUGCUCUGGUUCCUGUAAGCUGGUGUUUCCGUUCAGCGUGGAUCAUCACAGCUUCCAAACACUUCAAACCGACUUGAGGCCCCGGGACAAGACUCCUCACCAGAGGAGGAAAGUCGUUUCGCCUCCAGAAGACGUCCCUCACAUGAAGCUGCAGACGGUCGAUGAACACCCAACAUCGUCCGAGUAUAAAUCCAUCCCAACGGUCCGGAGAGAACUUUUGACCCAGUUCGAGGACAUUCCCCAGAACCGGGUCUUCAUGGAGGAUUUCGAGACUGAAGAGCUGCACUGAGGCAGGUUCAUGGUGGAAGUUUAUUUUACUUUUCAACAGCACUUGAGGGUUUAAAGGGUCUCUUCAAAUAAACACAGAAUAGUUUCUCAGGUACAUAUAACACCUGUUUCAAUGUAUAUUUCUGUUUACUGUUUAAUACAUUUUAUAUAUUUUUAUGACAUUCCUUACUACUUUUUACUGUCGGCAAUUGUUUACAAAUAUUUGCGACAUAGUAAACUGUGACUUUUUGGGGAUUUAUCGUUGCACACUAUUGCUGUUCUCAACAUUGUUUGACAUACUAUAUCGAGAUACUGAACUGUGACAUUUUGUCAUGUUUUUUGACUGGUAAAAAAAAGACUUUACUUCCAAUUUCAAAAGGUAUUAGUUAUGUUUUGCCAGUAUUCCUUAACACUAUUGCUUCUUGCUGUAAUAAGUCUUGUAUAUUCUUUGUCCCUAGCAUUUGGAGGAGUUCGAGACCGAAGAGCUCCACUGAGAAAGGUUCAUGGAGGAAGUUAACAGCACUUAGGGGUUCAAAGGGUCUCUUCUAAUAAACACCUCACUGUAUUGUUCCUGUUUAUUAACAACAACAACACGCUCUUUGUUAACGUGCACACAGGACUGGGCAAUACAUCGAUAUAUAUUUCAGAGUAGAUAUCGUUGGAUUUUGGAUAUCGAAUAUUGCAUAAGUGUCUUUUCCUGUUUUUAAGUAAGUAACCAGGCUGUUUUUUCCGUCAUCAUUAUAAUCUCUAUAUCCACAUAACUAAUGAUUAUUUAUUAAAAAUGUAAUAUAAGUGUUAAUAUUUAUUGAUAUCUCCGAUAAUCAACGCCUCAAUAUCUUCUUAAUGUCAUUAUCAAGGUAUUUGAUUUUCUCCAUAUCGCCAACCCCUUCGUCCACCUUACUAAAAAGUCUGUUCGUUCACUUUGAAUAUUCAGUAUCAUGUAUUGUAAAGCAGAAUCACUGCAGGGAGGUUACAAAUAGUUAGGUGGCGACCUCUAGUGGCCGUAGUUAUUCUAAGUCUUAUUUUAAGUUAUACAUCUCAUACUUACGUAACAUACUUAACAGAAACAAUGCACUUAGCUUAAUCAGCCUUAUAUGUGUUUGAUGUGUGCAUAACCAACUAUUUAAUUCUACCCUUAAACCAGGUCCUAAACCAAACCAAGGAGUGUUGUUGCAUAAACAUAAAACAAUGACUUUUGCUUCAAUUCACAAUUUAAUAAAUAUAUUUUGUUUUGUUUUGAAUGUCUGGGUAUGUGCAGUUUGCCCAUGUUGCCUCAUCUAAAGCAUUAUGAUGGUAGUACUAACGGACAUUCAAUGGGUUGAUAACAUUUAAAAUAUGUGGUUUGUACAGUUUUCCUUAUUGAAUGCAUUUUCUGCUUGAUACAAAACCUGAAAUUGCCAUUUAAAAAAAGUCACUUUAUUGGAAAACAAAGUAAAAUAGUGUAUGAGUUUAAACAAUCUUGGGGGCAAAGUGAAUCUCUAACUUUCAAUGACAGCCAACAUGUUAAACAUUCAAAACCCUUCUGUACUAUAUGUACUGUACAAUCUUCUGUCUUAAUUGUCGACAAAUAAUGUAUUUCUAAAACACCUCAAACUGUUUUUCUGUCCAUUUUAAAAUGCUUGUAAAUACAAUAAUCUUCACAAAUUAGCCGUGUCUUUCUCUGGUUCUGGAUGUGGGUGACAGCUUCAAUCUUCUCUGAUCUAUCACUAGACACAUUUAAAUAUCAAUGCAUAAAGAUACUCCUCUGUUUCCUGUUAUAUUAUGUAUGUCACUGUUUCAACAAUGACUUCCCUCGCUGUCCAGCCAUAAACUCACUGCAUGUUGAAAUGUGAUUUGUAUAUGCACGGAUCAGUUAAUAAACACACUUUUGCACAUUGCUGUCA